UUCGUUGUCACUGUGAUCUUUCUUUUUUUUGUUGUCAUAAAAAAAACAAGAACUGUGAGUCUGUGACUGUGACUUUCUUAUAGGGUUCAAAGGUUUUGAUUUUCAGACAAAAGUACAAUGUGACAAGAGAUUCUCUCGAUCCUUUGAUCAUUUGUCUAUCUUUUAUGCAAUUUGGUUUUGGUUUAAUUUACAAUUGAUCCCGGUUCAAUGUUUAGCUUUUAUUAACCGGCUUAAUCAUUGAGGGUUGUGUUUGAUUGAGAGAGAGGGGGACACUCUACAUUAUGCACACGCCCUGCAGCCGAAGCUAAUUCAAAACAAAAAUAAUCAUUCUCGUUUGAGACUCCACGAACCCAAGCUCUCUUCAAGCUUCCUGAUUUGGUGAUUGUUUUAAAACAAUGCAUUGUUCUCAUACUCACUUCGCAUCCUUCAAGCUUCCUCAUUUCUUUGCGCCUAAGAGUUUUAUGGCGUCUUCACGGAGAGAUUUUAGAGUGUUCGCAGUAGCAACCAGCGUGGAGGAGGCGUCUAGUAACAUACAAGCAGCUCCAAUCUCUUUACCUGAAGGCUCAUGGAAACAGAUAGCUGGUGGAGUUACAGCUGCUAAAGGGUUUAAAGCUGCUGGUAUGUAUGCUGGUUUACGAGCUGCUGGGAAGAAACCUGAUCUCGCUCUUGUAACUUGUGAUGUAGAUGCUGUAGCUGCAGGGGUGUUUACUUUGAAUGUGGUUGCUGCUGCUCCUGUAGUUUACUGCAAAAAGGUUCUUGAGACUUCCAAAACGGCGCGUGCAGUGUUGAUCAAUGCCGGUCAGGCCAAUGCAGCUACGGGUGAUGCUGGUUACCAAGAUAUGCUAGAUUGUGUUGGUUCUCUUGCGACGCUACUUAAAGUGAAUCCAGAGGAAGUGUUAAUCGAGUCAACUGGGGUAAUUGGUCAGAGGAUUAAAAAGAAAGAGCUUAUCCAAUCACUUCCAACCCUAGUCAACUCCAUAUCAGACUCUGUUGAAGAUGCAGAUUCUGCUGCUGUAGCAAUCACAACAACGGAUCUUGUAAGCAAGAGCGUGGCAGUUGAAUCACAGGUCGGUGGAACCACAAUUAGAGUUGGGGGUAUGGCAAAAGGCUCCGGGAUGAUCCAUCCAAAUAUGGCAACUAUGUUAGGUGUCAUCACAACGGACGCGCUAGUUGAAAGUGAUACCUGGAGAAAGAUGGUAAAGGUUGCAGUAAAUCGAAGCUUCAACCAGAUCACUGUAGAUGGCGACACGAGUACUAACGACACAGUCAUUGCCUUAGCGAGUGGACUAUCUGGAUCACCUUCUAUAUCUUCUUUGAAUUCUAACGAAGCUGCACAGCUUCAGGCAUGCCUUGAUGCGGUGAUGCAAGGGCUCGCUAAAUCAAUAGCUUGGGAUGGUGAAGGCGCAACAUGUCUCAUCGAGGUUACUGUAAAAGGAACAGAAACUGAAGCAGAGGCAGGGAAAAUUGCACGCUCGGUGGCUUCCUCUUCACUGGUUAAAGCAGCUGUUUAUGGAAGAGAUCCAAACUGGGGACGGAUAGCUGCAGCUGCUGGCUAUGCCGGGGUUUCGUUCCAGAUGGAUAAGCUGAAGAUAUCUCUGGGCGAGUUCUCACUCAUGGAGAGUGGCCAACCUCUUCCGUUUGACAGGGAUGGAGCCAGUAACUACCUCAAGAAAAAGGGUGAGGUUCCGGAACAGUUACGAUCGACAUAUCCGUAGGUGAAGGUGCAGCCAUCGGAAAGGCUUGGGGUUGCGAUCUUAGCUAUGGUUAUGUCAAGAUCAAUGCUGAGUACACCUCAUAGGACUGAUACCAAGAGACAGAGUUUCAUGUACUGUUGUUGUGUUAGGAUCUCAAUUUAUAAACUGAUUUUGCUUCAAAUAAGACAGCAACGAUUCAAUAAACAAAGUUCCUUUGAGUUC